GAUUCAAGCCCUUCUACAGCAUCUUAUGCGCUUAUCUUGCGGAGCAGCUCCUGCACACAGUCUAAUUACUCUUCGCCGCCCAUGUAGCUGCCGUAGAUUGUCCUAGAUCAAUCCUGCUAUUAACACAAGCAGUCAACUUAGCUGUAGGUGUUAACAGGCUCCUUUGUUUACUCGCAUAUGAACCUUGUAUGUUUCUUGUAGUACUGCGCCAUCCUCGCCCUUUCAAGCCGAGCUCGGCCCACCUUCAUCUGCGAAACUGAAGUUCCUAUAUUUAGCCCGGCCCGACUGGUCGGUCGCGGUGAACUUCGAACAUGCGCAUGCAUGGCACGACUUUGCUAACGCCAUGGGACUUUGUAAUACAGUGAGCUAUUCAUGGCUCUGUUGCGACGCACUGCUGCUAGUGGCCUUCGUCUAUCAGAGAUAAUUUGGUCACAUUACGAGGUGGACCAUUUGCCGGACGCACACGGCUCACUGGAUUCUCUACGCUCGCCACAUGUUUGGAACACGGCUAACAACUCGCAGCGAUGAGAUAGUCACUGUCGUUUUGGACGGCUCUCCAUCGGUUCCCAGCCCUUCUGCCUGGUUGAUGAAGCUAACCCAUCGGAUCUGUACGAUGCGGCGCCCAGGGCUUUGUCGAGAGCCCUAAGCAUGGAAACACUCUUAACGCACAUGGGUUCUCUUCUUCUCAACAUGUUCUCGCCAUAGGACUGGAGUUGUCCAGGGUCGAAUUCUGGCGUUUACUAGUACCACAGGACAACAUGAACGUAGUGCCAUUAUCAGGUCCUCAGGUGCCACCGCUCGAGCUGCAAUGCGCGGCUGUAUGUGAACGGGGCGCUGAGAUGUCCCCGCGUCUUCUCGAACCUACCGCUGUCGCCGAUAAAAUCCGCAUUUUUCUCAACAGUGUCGGGAAUUCCCAUUUAAGGUAUUCCCGACUCUAGUCCCGACAUUUACGGAUCAUCCAAUUUUUCCCACACCUUACUCCCGCCCGCAGCCGUGUCGGCGUCCCGCAUCCCCUUCCCAUGUUUGUUAUCAUUCCAAUCCAACGGGUUUCCGCAGCCUAAGCCUUCCAACUUACUAGCUUUCCGCUCGAUAUCGAUACCACGCCCGCAGCACAGGAUCGGCAUCAGGCACAUAUCUCUCCCUCUCCUGGUUACGCUGCGGGAGCGCUAAGCCCGAGGCAAUCGCAUACGAAAUUAUGCCUUUGGGCUGAGAGCUGAGGAGACUGGCUGCUGUGCUUACCAGGUCAAGAGGCGUUCAGCGUCUGAGUACCACGCCAACUAAGCGGUCAAUGCAUAUGGUUGAUUCACCGUCUAUUCACAUCACGGGCAGAAAACACCAGCAUCUCUUGCUGCUUCCGACGUCUAUACUAUUGAGCCGCGGUAAGUCACUCCAGUGCAGCUGACCCGGGCCUGGU